AUGAGCUUAGCGGCGGGACGCAACUCGCUGCGAGCUUGUCGCAAGUGUCAGCGCCAGCGGAGAACUGGCACCAAGAUUCCGAGAGUCGUCUCAUACUCGUCUCAGCGCGGUGACGGCGCGCCUCUCAACAGAACAGCCAUCGAUUCUAAGGCCUCUAAAAAAGACACAAAAGCUACGAAUGAAUCGAGGCUUACAGAAACAGAGGAAUUAGGUCGACUGGCGCGUCGCCUGCAAGAGGCUACGGAGGAGGCGCUUCUUACGGGCGGUAGAGCAGGGCGGCAGGCAGUGGAAGACGCGGGAUUCUCUGAGCAGCUCAAAGAGAAGCUCAUGAGUAAAAUUGCUGAUGCGAAAUUCAAAAACGAUUUUGCCGGAGCGCUGGCCGAAGCUGGCAUUACAUCGAAGGGUGAAAAGUCACACGGCAGCUCGGUCGGUGCACAUCAGCAGUGGACAGGGGAAGAACGGACCGAGGAUGCAGUACUACGGAUGUUGAAUGAUUCCAAGAAGCCAACCCAGCCGAAUUUACGAGGCAAUCUAAUCGAUACGCGGCUAAGGCGUGCACCAGUGCUAAGUCCUGGGCAAAAAGCGGCUUCAGCACGGGACAGAGCGUCGGCAUACUCGAGCAUUGGAAUGAAGGAUAGUGCGGGGUUAAGUGACAAGGAGAAGGAGGAGAUGAAGAAGCAGUUUCGAGAACGGUUUCAACCCGAGGGCCGCAUUGGACCUGUUGCGAUUUCUGCCAUUGCAUCCAUGGCCAACGAGCGUAUUGAGAAUGCCAUUGCCCGUGGGCAGUUCAAGAAUAUCCCACGAGGCAACGGCGUUGAGAGCGACUCGAGGGCAAAUAACCCAUUUAUCGACACGACGGAGUACCUCAUGAACCGCUUGAUCCAGCGUCAGGAUCUGGUGCCUCCGUGGAUAGAGAAGCAGCAAGAGCUGGUGAGAGAGGCCAACACGUUUCGCGCGCGACUGCGAAGCGACUGGAAACGUCACGCGGCGAAGAUGAUUUCGUCCAAGGGUGGCUCCAUACUGGAGCAAAUGCAGCGCGCCGAGCUGUUUGCGGCGGCGGAACGGGUGCACAACCCGCGGCGGCGCGGCUCGGACCAAAUCGCUGUGUCGUCCGCCAUCACGGACGACCCCGUCAUGUCGAAGCAGCUGGAGCAAGUCGAGGAGCUGGAGGAGGUGGCCAACAAGGCGCUAAAGAGCGAGAUUGCGGCGGCCGGGCGGGCACCCUCCGCGGAGAGCAGUAGGGGACAGCUGCUGCGGCCGUUUCGCGACCCGGAGUGGGAAAAGGCCGAGGAAAAGUACAUGACGUUGGCGAUUGAGCGGCUCAACGGCCUGACGCGCAGUUACAACCUCAUGGCACCUGACCUUGCCAAGAAGCCGUACUUUUCGCUGGCGAGGGAGCUGGCCGUGUGCUACGCGACGGUGGCGCCACUGCUGGCAAACGAGAUCAGGAACAGGGCAACGAGAGCACCGACAUCGCGGUUGGUAUGUGGAGGGCAGGUCGCGAGAGGAGGUGAUGUGAUGGACAGCGUGGUGGGCGGUGGGGACGCAAAGAUUCGCCUGGAGGGGAACGAAAAGGCGUUCGGGCUGAAGGAAUGGUGGAGAGACUUCUGGAAGAAGUAG